GUUUAAAAAGUGCUAAUUCUCGUUGGGUAGAUGAACAAGAAAUUUAAGACGAUAUUACAAAAUAGUGGAGGAAAGCUGUAAAGCCAAGAAGGAACAUAAAAGGUAACAUCUUUAUAGGUUUAAAAAUGUCUGAUCCAAAAAAUAUUGUACACAGAACCCGUUGUAUUGAAAAACUGCUGUCUGAGAACAAUUUGCAAGAUAUUGAGGAUCAUCUUAAAGAACUUGAAGAUGUUGAUAUGACUGUAGAAUAUCUUCAGGGGACAGAAGUUACCAAGGCUGUAUAUAGAGUGCUUAAGAGUUGCCCUUCUGGCGAGUUGAAAAAGAAAGCAAAGCAGUUAUUGUCAAGGUGGAAAGCACUUUACAAGAAUAACUGUGCUCAGUCAAUGCAAGUUAAAAAGUCAGAUCCUGUGGAUGUGAAAGAAGAAAUUGAGCAUCUCAGUGUAGUUCCUAGAGAGCAGUCACUGUCUGAAGGACCAUGUCAGCAGGAGGCAUUAGAUGGUACUAGUUCCAACAUUUUGGUCCCAUCACAAACUGUUAAAAAUAUGGUAUGUAAUAAUGCACAAAGCAGUAUGAAUCAGCAUUCUUCUUUUGAGGAGCAACACACAGUUCAUGAAGAUUCUAAAUCUGUUGUUUGCGAAGCAAGUCUGCAGCAGGAUCUGAUGAGAGCUCUGAGGUGUAAAUGUGUAGAUCUUCUUCAUAAAGCUUUGAUUGGUUCUGGCAAAGAUGAAGAAGAAACUGCAAAAUGGCUAGAGUUAGCUAAAGAAAUUGAAGAACGUAUUUUUACUCUUUAUGCUAAAAAUGAUAAAAAGUACAAAAAUUGCAUCAGAAGUAAAAUCUCAAACCUUAAGAACCCUAAAAAUUGCCACCUAAAACAUAACCUUUUUUCAGGAACUUUGAGCCCAAAGGCUUUUGCUGAGAUGACAGUGAUGGAAAUGGCCAGUGAUGAACUGAAACAGCUCAGGGCUGUGUACACAAAAUCAUCUGUUCAGGAACAUCAGCUUCCGCAGGUUAUUAAUGGCACACAGACAAACAAAGUAAAGUGCAGACGCUGUGAAAAAUUUGAUUGCACUGUCACUAUGAUUGCCAGAGGAACUCUCUUUCUUCCAGCUUGGGUGCGAAACGCAAAUCCAGAUGAACAAAUGUUGACUUACGUUAUUUGUAAUGAAUGUGGGGAACAGUGGUAUCACAGCAGAUGGAUAUGUUUGUAAUGCUACCCUUCUUUCAUAAGGGGCUUGGAAACAUGUAUGAGAACGUACCUCUGUUGAAACUGGAAUUUUAAAUUCUGUGCUGAUACUAUGUGAGUGCUGCCACUAAAAACUGCAAAAUCAGAAAACUGCUAAUGUAUUUUUAAAGAUGGCUUGAAUGAAUCUUACAUGUAAUAAAUAAAAUUAAUAGGAGUGAAUAACUUUCUUGAGUGGAUAUCCUCUCUGGAGCUAGGACAUCUGUCCUGAACUGAGAAAAUUAAUAUUUUUAUAUAGUGCACAUUACCCACAAAU